AAAUCCCACAGAUAUGCAAAGAUCUCUCAGAAUCUCUCGAUAUCAUAUUUCCCUCUCUUUUCCCCCACUCUUCCUUAUAAAUCCUUAUUUCUCCAUCCUCCUUUGCAAAGUCAAAUCUCUCACUUUCUUCUCAAAUCAUAAGCAAAUUCUCUUUCUCUCUCGUUUAACGAUCUUUGAUUCAUUAUGGCGGAGGUUUUGCGUCCGGAGAAGUUGGACAUAUCCAACGACACUUCUUCCUUGGCAUCGCCGGAGCUUCUUCACGUUCUCGCCGUCGAUGACAGCAUCGUCGACCGUAAAUUCAUAGAGCGAUUGCUCAGAGUAUCUUCUUGCAAAGUUACUGUUGUCGAUAGCGCGACAAGAGCUUUGCAGUACCUUGGAUUAGAUGGAGACAACAGUUCUGUUGGAUUUCAGGAUCUGAAGAUUAAUCUGAUAAUGACGGACUACUCUAUGCCUGGGAUGACUGGUUACGAACUACUGAAGAAGAUCAAAGAAUCAUCAGUUUUCAGAGAAAUACCGGUUGUGAUUAUGUCCUCAGAGAACAUCUUGCCUCGUAUCGAUAGAUGUCUUGAAGAAGGUGCUGAAGAUUUCUUAUUGAAGCCUGUGAAGUUGGCUGAUGUUAAGAGAUUAAGAGAUUCUUUAAUGAAAGCUGAGGAAAGAGUAUUCAAGAAUAUUAUGCACAAGAGGGAGCUAGAAGCUAAUGAUAUCUUCUCGCAGCUAAAACGCGCAAAGAUCUGAGUCUUCUUUGGUUCUUAUUCCAUGAUAUGAACUUACAAAGGCUCAAACGUUGACAAAAAAAAGGCUCAAAGAUUCAAACGCACUUCAGCAUGUCCUGAUUCCUUCGACUAACGAUUUUUGCGAACGUAACAGCCUUUUUAGCUGGUAGAACUACAGACCGAGGAGUGUUUUUUCAUAAAAUAGAAAUGUAAAUUGAUAGUCUGAAAAAGUUGGGAUUCAUUAGAGAGGACAAAUACAUUGUUUUUUUUUCUUUACAUGAAAAAUGUAAAAUGAUGAUGCUAAUUUACAACUAGCUAGGCAUUUUGUGCCUUUUUGGCCUUCA